AUGGCUUAUAUUCCUGCAGAGUCGUUGGACCAAACCAUAACCCGAGCACUGGCUGCCGCCCAAGUCGCGGUAAACCUCGAUGCCGCCGACCAAGACGCGAUGGCGAUAGCUUUAGCAUAUCAGCGCUGCAUCAGUCUACUGGAUGAAGCGGUCCGAAGAAAUCCAACAGAAAGGGAUUGGGUAGACCCGGUGCGAUCAAAAUACCAAGAAAGGGUGAAAGUUCUGUUGUUAUCGCGGACCGUCAUUGCAGAGGAAGAUGAGCAGGAACAGGAUAGAGGCAAAGCUCGCGGAUUGGGUUUAAAUUAUGUGCGGAAAGCAAGACGGUGGACAAUCGGCAGAAUGCGAGCGUUAUGA